AUUGGUCCUUCGGCGCCAACAGAGAGCCGCACCGGUGGAGUACCAUAACCCCAAAACCAAGUAUCCCCAGCAAAACCAUGGAGAACGGCAACUCUAAUGGCGUCCCGAAACCUGCGCCACGAAGCAACAAUGGUGGCCCGACACUUACACCGCGCAGCAGCAGCAGCAUUCCUACACCCAAACCGCGAGCUAGCAGCGGUGGUCCAACCCCGGCACCCCGUAUUGUACAAAAACCGCAACAAGAGGCCAUGGUUGUUGAUUCGGUUCCGGACAAUCAGCCCGACGAUGAAGGAGCGGACUAUCAGCGAUGCCGUUUGUGCGCACGUCACCAUGCCCUGCGCGCAUGCCACGUAUUUCGCGCAAUGCAGCCAUCGCAACGCUAUCUGAUCGCUCGUGCACACCACUUCUGUACUAACUGUCUUGCGCUGUCACAUCACAGCAGUGAAUGUCCAUCCGCUGGCGUAUGCAAGCUUUGCGCCCAACGCCAUCACACCCUUCUUCACCGCAAGAACACCUCCCAAGCACAUCCACCGCCACGUUCAGCUCCAGCUUCAGCGCCACGCUCCACAUCGGCUCGACGCUCAAUCUCGGCGCCAUCCAAAUCCGCAUCCUACCGCUUGCGCCGACCGCCCCGCAAUGGAGUCACCCCCAACGCAUAUCAGCAGCCUCAAAAAUUCCGGCACCCAAAGAAGGUUCGUCAUACCGCACAUAUAGUGCGUAACACAGCACCUCGGGGCAGGGCGACACGGAGUCUGGUUAAGGAGGCGAUCCGAAAGCUACGGGAGUUGGAGGGUAGUAUAUCCGCUUAACGCGUCUAGGGGCGGCAGGAUAGUUAAACGAGUUAAGAAUGUCGUUUAACACAACGCAAGAAUGCACCUUUCACAAAAUUGAAUUCCUUAAAAUUGUAAUUUGGCACAACGCAAAAGUGCACUAUGUAUGACAUUGAAUUGUUUAAAUUGAUAACUUGCAUAUUUAUAUUUACCUAUUAGUAUCUUCAAUUAUCCAACUUGUAAAACGUAUUUAGUGAAUACCCUAACUUGCAUUGUAAAAGUUUUAUAAGUAGUUUGCAUUGAAUUUGAGUGGUUGGCAACGCGCGUUGGUAAUGCAGCGCGCGCAGCUGACAUAUAGGUUGACAAAUGUCAACAAAGAAUUAUUAUACAUACAUAAAAAUUGUUCAAGUUUGUCGUGUGCGGUCGCAACCCAGAAAUACCUUUGCGUUAAUAAAAAACACCGUCCUCAAGAUUACUAAAUAAACGAAAUUGUACCCUAAAAUUCAAGUUCGGUUUUUUUAUUGCGAGUCACAAUCUUGGUCAGUCGCCAAAUCCGUGUCGGUAAGCGCGCCAGCCCACUCCCCUCGUUUGAAAGCCAAGUGAGUUUGCGCAAGGAAGCCGCCGAAACCCACGGGAGCACAACAGCCCCAUCUUCGCCAAAACAGCCUCCCCGCCGCGGGAAUACCACA